CGCACCCAGAGCGGGUCCCUCCAGGGCCGCACCCAGCGGGGGUCCCUCCCGGGCCAGGGCAGCGAGCAGCGCGGCCCCAGCCCUCGGUUCAGUCCUCACGUCCUUCCCGGUCCAGGACCUGCACUUGGAACCCCCAUCAGCGUUAGGUCCUCAGUGAGGAGCUUUGUGGGGAGCGCAGAGCAGUGAGAAAGGCCGGAUGCCGGUCGGGCACCGGGUCCUUUUGCUGGGAGCUCACAUCCUUGUCACUGACGUCCCUGGGAGUUGGGGGAGCACAGAGAGAAGCCCCCCGAUGGCCUCCCCCUCCUCAGUGGUUCCUCCUCCCACUGUUCCUCCUGCAGCCACGCCCUCUCAUCGCUUACAGGCCAAUAUUCCGUAGCCUCUAGUCCUAACUGUUUCCUCCGGGCGCACCCUCAGUCUGGUCUUCACAGUGUGACCCCAGUUUGUAUGUAAAGCUCGGGUGUGAUCCAAUCACUCACCUGGAGGGUCCUUUCUGGGCCCUCGGACUCUGCCUGACUGUCCCCCAUCACUUCUCCACCCUCAACUGCUCAUUAAGCUUCAACCAGAUCAAACUGCCUACAGGUGAUGGACAUGAACAUGCUUCCUUUAUGUUGCUCCGAUUUCUGGCGAAGAGAGCGCUCGUGUGGGAUAAUGCUCCCGUCAUUACCCCCCCCCCCCUGUUCUCCAGCUGGGACCCAGCCCCUGAUGACCUGACUGAGCAGCAUGGAGCUAGUAAACCCACCACUCCGCAUCCCAGACUGUCACUCAGCGCUGCCCGCUGCCCGCUGCCGAGGCACUGUUAUCACCACCGCUUUAUCCCCCAUGUCACACCAGCACUUAAUGCCUGUGCAGAUAUUUAAAUAUUAAAGCGAUGCCGUUUCUGGGCCAGGACUGGCGAUCUCCUGGAUGGAGCUGGGUUAAAACGGAGGACGGCUGGAAGCGCUGUGAGCCCUGGCGGCAGGACCUGGACCAAGAGAGUGCCGAGCGCAGCGUCCCGCACAGCAUAAUCCUGAAUAGUGAAGAUGACGACAUAUUUACUAGUGAGGAGCAUGGAUAUGCAUCCAAGAAAAGGAAAAAGGACCAUUUUAGAAACGACAGCAAUACUCAAUGUUUUUUUCGUGAAAAAUGGAUCUAUGUCCACAAAGAAAGCACAAGAGAACGGCACGGCUACUGCACCCUGGGGGAGGCCUUCACCCGCCUGGACUUCUCGAGCGCCGUGCAGGACGUGCGCAGGUUCAGCUACGUGGUCAGACUAUUGCAGCUAAUUGCAAAAUCCCAGUUAACCUCACUGAGUGGUGUGGCACAAAAGAAUUACUUCAACAUUUUGGAUAAAAUCGUUCACAAGGUGCUCGACGACCACCAGAACCCUCGGCUGAUCAAAGACCUGCUCCGAGACCUGAGCUCCACCCUCUGCAUCCUGAUCCGAGGCGUGGGCAAGUCCGUGCUGGUGGGGAACAUCAACAUCUGGGUCUGCCGCUUGGAGACGGUUCUCGCCUGGCAGCAGCAGCUGCAGAACCUGCAGAUGACGCAGGAGAACCACGGCCUCACGCUCAGUGACCUGCCCUUGCACAUGCUGAACAACAUCCUGUACCGGCUCUCCGACGGCUGGGACAUCGUGACGCUGGGCCAGGUGAGCCCCACGCUGCGCACGCUCAGCGAGGACCGGCGGCUCUGGAAGAAGCUGUGUCAGUACCACUUCGCCGAGAAGCAGUUCUGCAGACACCUGAUCCUCUCGGAGAAGGGCCACGUGGAGUGGAAGCGGAUGUACUUUGCGCUGCGGAAGUGCUACCCGACGCGGGAGCAGUAUGGGGACACGCUGCUCUUCUGCCGGCACUGCAGCACCCUCUUCUGGAAGGACUGCCGCCUCGCUUUGCUGUUCCAGGACUCGGGACACCCCUGCACGGCCACCGACCCCGACAGCUGCUUCACGCCCGUGUCCCCACAGCACUUCAUCGACCUCUUCAAGUUCUGAGGCCCUUCCCCACGGCGUGUCAGCCUCCGAGCCCAGCAUCCGCUGGCCGCUUCCUGCUCCGGCGGGGACGCCGCGCUGUGUGUCCACCUUUGAAGGGUCAGGGAGCCCAGUGAAGUCAUUUCUGCCUCCUUCUCUAAGAACUUAUUUUCUUCUGAGCAUUGGAAAAUUUGCAACUUUGCCUCCUAACAAAUACGGUUCCGAAGGGCCCUGGGUUUUGAGCGCCACACGCUGAGCUGAGCUGACACCAAUCAGUGACACGCUUGGUGGUCACUUGUCUCUAAGUUUUGCGUAGGGGGGGAGAGGGGGGACCAGCAUUCCGUGUAAAUACCUUGUGCAGAAUAUUUAUUUUUCUUAAGAUGUAUUUUAACCACACUGGUUGUGACCAAAUGACCUAGGGGAAUAUUUGUGUGUCCGUCCUGGUGUUUGGCGAUUGAGUUGUGAAUUGUGCAAAGUGUCUGUGACCAGCAGAGGUGUGAGUGGCGUGGCCGCCCUCCAGCCACAGCCCCGGCUACGCACGUGCUACCCUCGGACAGACGCCGGCGUCUGGUGUCCCUGGCGCGCUGGAGGGACGGACGACAUGACGAGCGGCAAUGGGGCAGCCUGACGUCUCUGUGGAAACUGCUUUACAGACAAUAAACCAUGUUUACUGACACUCCUCAGGCUCGCCCUGA